AUGCUCGAAGGUCUCGUCGCUGGCCUGCUUAACCGGUUCCUGGGCAUGUAUGUUAAGAACUUCGACCCAGCCCAGUUGAAAGUCGGUAUCUGGUCCGGCGAUGUUAAGCUCCGCAACCUCGAGCUGCGCCGCGAGGCACUCGACCAGCUCAAGCUUCCUAUAAAUGUCAUGGAGGGUCACCUCGGCGAGCUUACCCUCGUCAUUCCCUGGUCAAACCUGCGCGGUGCACCUGUCAAGGUCUUUAUUCAGGAUGUCUUUCUUCUUGCCAGCCCGAAGGAAGAGGCUGAGUACGAUCAGGACGAGGAAGAUCGCAGGAAACAGCGCCUCAAGAUGGAGAAGCUUGACAGUGCCGAGUUGCUCAAGGAGAGGAACCAGGAAGGCUUAAGUCAGGAGGAGCAGAAGAAGAGCCAGAGCUUUACACAAAGUCUGGUGACCAAGAUCGUAGACAAUCUUCAAGUCACGGUCAAGAACAUACACAUUCGAUACGAAGACUCCAUCUCAGCACCAGGCCACCCAUUCGCCCUCGGUGUCACUCUCGAGGAGUUCAGUGCCGUCAGUACUGACGGUCAGUGGAAGCCUACUUUCAUCCAGGACUCUAACACAGUCACUCACAAGCUGGCUACCUUGGGUGCUUUGGCUGUGUACUGGAAUACCGAUUCCACUCUUCUCGGAACUGGCCGAGAAGCUUCAACCUCUUCAGAGGAAUUAAUGCCACAUGAUGAAAUGGUAGCCAAGUUCAGAGAAAUGAUUGGAAAAGACGCGCAAGAGAAUGCAAACCAUCAGUUCAUCCUCAGGCCCGUCAAUGGCCAAGCAAAGAUCGAGCUCGACAAGUCGGGAGAUAUCAAGGUACCCAAGUUCAAGGCCAACUUGCUUUUCGAAGAGAUUGGUCUUGUCCUGGAUGAUGAUCAAUAUCGAGACGCUUUGAUGAUGGUCGAUUUGUUCCAUUACUUCAUUCGACAUCAAGAAUACAAACGCCUACAGCCAAAGAAUGUCCGACCUAAGGAAGAUCCCCGCGCUUGGCUCGAGUUUGCAGGUAACGCUGUGUUGUCAAAGAUUCACGAACGCAACCGCAAAUGGUCAUGGGACUACUUCCGCGAGCGACGAGACGAUCGAAAACGAUACAUCGAGCUGUUCAAGAAGAGAAAACAAGGCCAUCAGAUGUCUCCUGAGGAAACUGAUGAGAUCAAUGCUCUCGAGUGGAAGCUUACGUACGAGGAUCUGCGAUUCUGGCGAUCUUUGGCCCGCAACCAGCUUAAGAAAGAGAACGCAGAGGCUCUCAAAAACCAGCCACAACAACAGCAACAGCAACAACAAGGCUGGAUCUCGUGGGUGUGGGGUUCGAAGCCUCAAGAGAAGAUUGAACAGAAUGAAGAGAACAUACAAAUGACCGAGGAGCAGCGACAGGAGCUCUACGAGGCCAUCGACUGGGACGAAAAGAACGCCAUCGCCGAUGAAGUCGAUGUUCCUCGUGAGGCUAUCAAGAUGUGCAUCGAGACGUCCCUGAGCACAGGUAGCUUUACACUCAAGAAGAGUCCUCACGACCAUGCAGCAGAUCUUCUCAGUCUGCACUUUGAUGUCUUCAAAGCCAAGAUGCUACAGAGAAAGGAUUCAGUUCUUGCUAAUGUCAGCCUUGGUGGCCUUCGUGUCAACGAUGGCACGACACCAGACUCAGUCUACCCUGAGAUUGUCCGAGUCAAGGAUGCACCGACUGACAAGCAGCGUAAGCGACUGUCGUUGGCCGAACUCGAGCAGCCAGAGGAAGACCCCUUCUUCCAGUUUGAGUUUGAGCAGAACCCUAUCGAGCGUGAGGGUGAUAUUGCUGUCGUCGGAAAAAUGAAGCCCCUUGAGGUUAUUUGGAACCCCAACUUUGUUGUUGGCAUCGCCGACUUCUUCAGACCUCCUGAGCGUCACAUGGAGUCUAUUACCGCCCUCAUGGAGAGUGCUGGUGCGACCGUUGAGAGCAUUCGUGAGCAGACUCGAGCGGGUCUUGAGUUCGCCUUGGAGGAGCACAAGACGAUCAAUGCUGAGUUGGAUCUCCAAGCACCUCUUAUCAUCGUGCCUGUCAGCAUCACCACUGAGAAUUCUACAUGCUUGAUUGUAGAUGCUGGUCACAUCCACGUCAACAGUGAAUUGGUAGACCAAAGUACAAUGAAGGAGAUCCAGUCGAAACAAAAGCAGGCAUACAGCGACGAAGAUCUCAAGCGACUCGAGUCCGUCAUGUACGACAAGUUCAUUGUCAAGCUGACAUCGACCCAAGUCCUCAUCGGACCCUCAGUUGAGGACACCAAAGCUCAGUUGGUUGAGAAGACAGAUGAAGCUCAUCUCCAUGUUGUGGAGCGGAUCAAUGUGGACUUUGUUGUCGAGACAUCCAUCCUACCAAAGGCUCCCAAUUUGACCAAGUUCAAGGUCUCAGGGCAUCUGCCAAUGCUUCACGCCACCGUCUCCGACACCAAGUAUAAGAAUCUCAUGAAGGUUAUUGAUGUGGCUAUCCCCAAGUUUGGCGGACCUGCCCCAAGAUUGGAGGAACGCAAGGAGCCAUCUCGUCCCCGUCUUAAGAGCAACUCAUCCAACCGGUCACGAAGAAAGUCUCAGCGUGAGCGAAGGCAGUCCACACCUUUCCCCUUUAUGCAAUCGGAAACCGCUGUCGUGCUUGAUGAUAUGGAUGAAGACGACGAUGACUUUGAAGAUGCCCCAGAUGGAGGUGACGCUGAGCAACUCCGAGUUCAGCAACGUAUUUUUGAGUUCAAGUUCAAGGUUGAUACCCUCAAGGGUUCACUUUACCGAAGUGACCCUGAUGGACAAAAGCCUGAUGCGUUGCUUGUUGAAUUGGUGGCCGAGAGAUUUGACCUCGAGUUCUACACCAGACCUUUCGACAUGGUAGCCGAUGUUUCACUUGGCUCGGUCACUGUCGAUGAUUUUGUGGACAACCCGUCUGCUGAAUUCAAGUCGAUAAUAUCGUCUGGGGAUAGUGAGGAUCUCAAAGAGGGCCGCAGCUUGGUUCACGUCAAGUUUGUCAAGGUCAACCCCUUGUCUCCAGAGUUCAUGCCUGUGUAUGAGGGCGUAGAGACCAAUAUCAACGCUGUCAUAUCCACAAUCAACUUGGUUGUUACCCGAAAGACACUGCUAACGCUAUUGGACUUUAUCCUCAUCACAUUUACAAAUAACGAGGACGAGUCGAACAAUAGCAAGGCUAUACUGGAUGAUGAUGACGAUUCGGAAAGCGUUGAUACUGCUGUAGCGGUCGUCAACGCACCCUCAGUAAACUCCAACACAGGAUCUAUUCGUGUCAAGGUUGACUUGAAGAGUAUCAGACUGAUCCUCAAUAAUGAUGGCAUUCGGCUUGCUACACUCUCCUUCAACAAGGCUGACGCUGGUAUCUUCCUCCGAGGCAAGACCAUGCGUAUCUCAGCUCGACUUGGUGAUCUUUCACUCGUUGAUGACGUUAAUCUCGGCGUCUCAGAGGAUUCACAUCUUCGAAAGCUCGUGACCAUCCAAGGAGAUGAUUUGGCAGACUUCCGCUACGAGACUUUCGACUCUUCCAACCUCAAGGCGUACCCAGGAUAUGACAGCUCUGUCUUCCUCCGUGCUGGUUCCGUCAAGGUGAACUUUGUGGAGGAGCCAUUCCGCAAGAUCAUUGACUUCUUGGUCAAGUUUGGCAAGAUGCAGGCUCUUUUCAAUGCUGCGCGCCAAGCUGCUAUGAACCAGGCCAAUCAGCUGCAACAGAGCCCAAGCCGCUUCAAGUUUGAUGUUGUUGUCAACACUCCCAUCGUUGUCUUCCCUCGAGUGCAACAGCCAGGUCAGACUGAGAGAGAUGUCGUCACUGCUUACCUUGGUGAGAUCUACGCUCAGAACAAAUUCACCCCUCUGGACGACAGCGAGAACUCAGAUAUUGCCAUGAAGCUGUCUGCUGGUAUUCGAAACAUCAAGCUCACUUCCGACUUCCAUUACGCUGGCGGAGACUCAGAGGAGCUCGAGAUGAUCGACCAUGUCGAUCUUGGAUUCAACAUUACAUAUGCUGAGCACAAGUCUGGUGUCAAAAGGCCAGAGACUGAAAUAGAAGGAACGAUGUCUGACUUCAAUCUACGACUCACUCAGUACCAAGUCAAGUUCCUUCUCGAGAUCUCCAAGUCUGUGCCUGCAGCAUUUGCCGGCGAAGGUAACGACAAUGAGGAAGAGGCUGCCAAGGCAGUUGACGAGGAAACUCUACAGCGCGCUCGCACAAUUAACAGCGACGACAAGUCUGGCGAAGACCAGAGUCUGAUUGAUCUUGGGCCCGAGCUUGGCUCCAUCGACAAAGAAUGGACUAAACUUGACCUUGUUUUCCGAGUCAACACCAUUGGUCUCGAAAUGAUCAAUGCGCCUGAGAAUGAGCCUGUCCACGACAUUGCGAGGUCCAGCCUAUCUCGAUUCUCGCUUGAUGACACAAAGGUCAAGACGAGGAUGCUCUCCGACGGUUCGCUUGAGGCAGAGCUGCUUAUCCGAUCUUUCACGAUCUAUGAUAGUCGGCCACGCGAGACGAACAAAUUUCGUCGUAUCAUGUCAUCGAUGAACAAGGACGUUCAACAACUGAUGGCCAGCGUCACAAUGUCGGGCGGUAAGGAAAAGAGCUUAAUCGCCAUGGCUACAAUCGACAGUCCACGAGUGAUCUUUGCGCUCGACUAUCUUUUCGCUCUCCAGAAAUUUGCCAUGGAGGCGUUGACAGUUGAUGAGGGCAGCCCAAUGGAUGACGAGAGCAUUGCUGAGACGACGCCUGACGAAUCCGACACCGAGUCCAUGCAAGUCUCUUAUGCCGGUAACGCCUCGCGUCCACGGUCGCAAAUCUCGCGACAACGGAGCGAAGAGGUCACUCAAAAACAAGAGAAGAAGGAGUCCGCGAUGAGCAUUGCUUUCCGCGUCAAUCUCGUUGACGCACAAGUCAUUCUGAUCGCCAACCCCUUGACAUCAAGCUCCGAGGCGAUUGUCCUAUCCAUUAGACAGAUGCUUCUCUCACAACAGCAUGCCUUGACUUUCCAAAUUUCUGAAAUCGGCAUGUUCUUGUGUAGAAUGGACAAGUUCGAGACAUCCCGUCUUCGUAUCAUUGAUGACUUUUCAGUCCAAUUGAGCAUGGAUAACUCCAAGCCUCAAGCUACUGACAUCCAUGUAGACAUUGAACCACUUGUCUUGCGACUGUCACUACGCGAUAUCCUCCUUGUUCUUCAGAUUGUGACCAAAGCGGGCGAAUUGUCUGGCAACGAGCCUAAACAAGUUAAGGAGACUCCUGCUGAGCAGAAAGCAAGAGAACUUCGCCACGCUGGAAUGAAGCAACGAUCUGCUAGUGGGCGAGGCCAGUCUACCAUUGCUGGACGAAGCAAGGUGACAGCAACCUCUCACGCCGUUACCCAUGCCGAUAACAAGGGCAAGUCUCCAGAGCAGGUUGCCCAAAAGAACUACGAGACGUUGUCAGCGACUGUGGACGGCGUCCGUGUUGUCCUCAUUGGCGACGUCCACGAACUUCCAAUCCUUGACUUGGGUAUCAAAAACUUCACUGCUUCAGCUGAGAAUUGGUCGUCGAACCUCAAAGCCGAGACUGCCAUUGACCUGUACUCCAAUGUUUACAACUUUGCCAAGUCUAGCUGGGAACCUCUUCUCGAGCCAUGGCAAGUUGGCUUCGGUGUAGCAAAGGACCCUAUUUCGGGACUUCUGUCUGUCGACGUUGCUUCCAAGAAGGUCUUUGAUGUGACCGUUACCACUGCUUCAAUUGCUCUGGCUUCCAAGUCAUUCCAGUUCCUUACAUCCGCCGAGGAUGUGCUGGACAAGCCACGUGGUGUUGAAGCACCGUACCGCAUCCGAAACUACACUGGCUUUGAUGUUGUUGUGCACUCUAAGAGUCCUACCAGCGAUGAGCCUAUCAAUCUCCGCUUGGAGGAUGGCAAGGAAGCCCCCUGGAGUUUUGAGCAUUGGGAGAAGAUGCGUGAGAACCUUCUCACCGAAUCGAACCAGAAUUACGUCUCUGUUCAGUUGGAUGGCAGCGGUUUCGAUCCUGUUAAGAAUGUGAGAAUCAACCGAGAAGGAGAAUACCUGUAUGGUCUCCGACCCAAGGCUGAUGUUCUACAUCGUCUCUGUGUUGAGGUCGAGUUGGGCACCGAUAACAUCAAGUAUGUGACCUUCAGAUCCCCACUUCUUGUGGAAAAUGCCACACAGAUACCAGUCGAACUCGGUAUCUUUGAUGUACAGGAGGGUCAUCUACUCAAGAUUGAGAAGAUCGCACCUGGUGCCGCUCGACCCGCUCCUGUCGGCGCCGUUUUUGAGAAGCAAGUGAUUGUCCGACCUGAUGGUGGCUUCGGCUAUCAGUGGAGUACCGACCAUCUGUUCUGGAGAGACUUGCUCAAGAGACCUACAAAGCAGGUCGUGUGUAAGGGAGAGAAUGGCGAUCCAUUCUACUUCCAGGUCCAUGCCCGUUUCGACAAGGGCAACCCAUUGACCAAACAAUACCCGUACAUGAAGGUCAAGCUCUCAGCACCAGUCACGCUUGAGAAUCUGCUUCCGUAUGAUUUCAAGUAUCGUAUUUAUGAUAAGAACACUAAGAAAGAUUGGACCAACUUCUUGAGGAAGGGAGGUGUCAGUCCCGUUCACGUUGUUGAGCUUUCACACCUUCUGCUCCUCAGCGUCGACAUGCAAGAUACAGUGUUUAAGGCAAGCGAAUUUGCUAUCAUCAACUCAGGCACGAAUGAAGAGUUCCGCAAGGAGUAUAAACUCGUUGUCAAGGAUGACAAGGGAUUGCCGCUGCAUCUCUCACUACAUCACUUCAAGAUCCCCAACAGUGGAGGUGCUUCCAAGAUCACAGUGUUCAGCCCGUACGUCGUGUUGAACAAGACUGGCGUCGACGUUCAAGUCCGCGCAAAGAGCUUCUUACAACAAGCUAAGCCAGCUGCGGGUCAAUUCCCUCUUAUGGAUACAUCUGAUCGAGAACGGCCGAAGGCUCUACCUUUUAUGUUUUCGUAUGGAAAUGAUGACCAUCGAAACCGAGCUCUUCUCAAGAUUGCCGACUCGGAAUGGAGCAAGCCUCAAAGUUUCGAUGCUAUUGGCAGUACCACUGAGGUUGUGCUGAACUCGGCGACCAAGGAUAAGGAGAUUCACGUGGGCGUUACCGUCGAAUCUGGUGAAGGCAAAUACAAGCUCACCAAGGUUGUUACAAUUGCUCCUCGAUUUGUUCUGCACAACAAGAUGGAUGGAGAAAUUCUUGUUCGAGAAUCCAGCUCCUCUGGCUAUCUCACUCUUGGCGAUGGCGCCCUGCAGCCUUUGCACUUCAUGCAAAAGUCGAAGGUUAAGCAAUUGUGUCUCUGCUACCCUGGCGUCAACAACCAAUGGACAUCUCCUUUCAAUAUUGCGGACAUUGGCACAACUUAUGUCAAGAUCGCCAAGGCUGGACAGCGACAGAACCUUGUCAAGGUCGAGGUUCUGAUGGAGAACUCAACGGUCUUCCUGAACCUCAGCAUGGAGAAGAAGAACUGGCCAUACUCGAUGCGCAACGAGAGUGAUGUUGAAUUCAUGUUCUGGCAAGCCAAUCCCAAUGUUGACGAAGACGGCGAUGAGGACCGCAGCGGAUGGCGCCUGAUAAGAUAUCGUCUCCCGCCUCGCAGCAUCAUGCCAUAUGCUUGGGAUUUCCCUGCUGCCAAGUUCCGCGAGAUCAUCAUCUCUGCAAAUGGCAAGGAGCGCCAUGUCAAGCUGGCUGAGAUCGGCAACCAGAUUCCGAUGAAGUUCCACACUUCGUCUGGAGCUCCUAAGAUUGUCGAUAUCAACGUUGCAGCCGAUGGACCGAAGCAAACCCUGAUUCUCAGCAAUUUCAGAGCUAGCAAGAGUAUGUACAAGCCCAAGGCAUUGGCUAGGACCAAUACCGGCCCCGAGGCUUUUGAGGUCAAGGAUCAAGAUACAGGCGCUACAUUCCGCGCGCAGCUCAAGCUGGCCGGUAUUGGCGUCUCUCUGGUGAACGCUCAAAUGAAGGAGCUUGCCUACCUGACCUUCCGCGAUGUUCAAUUACGAUACAGUGACUCACCUUUGAUCCAGACAAUCUCGAUGGCUAUCAAGUGGAUCCAGAUCGACAAUCAAUUGUACGGUGGCAUUUUCCCUAUGGUCCUUUACCCCAGUGUUGUGCCAAAGAAGGCGCAGGAGGUGGAGGCUCAUCCAUCGCUGCACGCUAUGGUCAGCCGUGUCAAGGAUGAUUCGUAUGGUGUGCUGUAUGUCAAGUACGCGACCAUUCUGCUGCAGGAAAUGACCAUUGAUCUGGACGAGGACUUUGUGUUUGCUCUUCUUGACUUCACAAACGUGCCUGGUGCCAGCUGGACAGAUGUUCAAGAUUCUGGCAAGCUAUGCGACGAGGAUCUUGACAUUCCUGAGCCAUCAGGCCAGCCAGCUGGUCAAGAUAUCUACUUUGAGGUUCUCAACAUCCAACCCAUGCAGCUUAACUUGAGUUUCAUGCGCACAGAGCGUGUCAAUGCUGAGGACAAGACAUCAUCGCGCAACCCCAUCAUGUUCUUCCUCAACGUCAUGACCAUGGCAGUCGGAAACGUCAACGAUGCACCACUUCGGUUCAAUGCGCUUAUUCUGGACAACGUGAGAGUGACUACAGCGGUACUUAUUCAGAAUUUCUCCAGCCACUACAGUCAGGAGGUCAUGUAUCAGAUCCACAAGAUUCUGGGAUCUGCCGAUUUCCUCGGAAACCCUGUGGGUCUGUUCAACAGUAUCUCGUCGGGUGUGACAGAUGUGUUCUACGAACCGUACCAGGGCUUGAUCCUGUCGGAUAAGCCAGAAGAGUUUGGCCUGGGCAUCGCCAAGGGAGCGGCUUCGUUUGCCAAGAAGACGGUAUUUGGCUUCAGUGACAGUUUCUCCAAGUUUACAGGCAGUCUCAGCAAGGGACUUGCAGCAGCGUCACUGGACAAGCAAUUCCAGGACCGCCGUCGUAUCACAAGGGCUCGCAACAGGCCGAAGCACGCCUUGUACGGUGUGACUGCUGGCGCGAACAGCUUUAUCACAAGUGUCGCAUCGGGCGUCGGUGGCCUUGCACGCAAGCCUCUAGAGGGCGCCGAACAGGAGGGUGCUCUGGGUUUCUUCAAGGGUGUCGGCAAGGGCAUGAUUGGACUGGCUACCAAGCCGGCGGUUGGUGUGCUUGACAUGGCAAGCAAUGUCAGUGAGGGAAUUCGCAAUACUACAACAGUGUUUGACGGUCAAGAAUUGGAUCGCACACGAUACCCACGAUACAUUCCACAAGAUGGCAUCGUGCGCCCUUACAACCCGCGGGAAGCUCUCGGCCAAUACUGGCUGAAGCAAGUUGACAAUGGGCGAUACUUCGACGAGCAGUACAUUGGACAUCUUGAGCUACCCAAGGAAGAUAUGGUCGUCAUGAUUACAUAUGCUCGGAUCUUGCUGAUCCGAUCGCGACGUCUGACAAGCGAGUGGGACGUGCCUCUGAAAGAUGUUCAGACUAUCGCAAAGGAGCGGACGGGUGUCAGCUUGGCUUUGAGAGGAGGAGUGAAUGGGCCGUUUAUUCCUAUUGGCGAGGGCAGCGAGAGGGGAUUCUUGUACAAGAUGAUCGGGGUUGCGGUUGAAGAGUUUAAUAGGAGGUUUAGAAGUGGAGAGUAA